AUGAUGUGGUACAUUUUCAAUCUGCUUGUCGCCAUGGGCGGUGCUUUCUCGUCUCGCAAGAAAAAAGACAGCGAAUUACUAAGUGGAGAAGGUUUACAAAAUCCAACUCGUAUUUCACGGCUAAUAUCGCAGGAUAAUGAAAAGCUAGACACAGAUGCGGAUCGUGAGGAAGGAAAAGCAAACGAAUGUUUAAAGACGCAUGAGGUGAUAUCAGGAAUAUACUUGGACAUGAAGCUCUGGUCGAAUUUUGUUCCUCCGCCUAGGCCAUAACGAUCAGCUCGGCCUCGACAGAGAUUCAGUUUACUAUAGCAUCAUUCAAAUACAAUGAUU